AUGGGAAGGUUAUUAGGCAAAGGUACCUUCGCCAAAGUUUACUAUGGAAAACAAUUAAUUACAGGUGAAUGUGUCGCAAUUAAGGUUAUCAAGAAAGAUCAGGUAAAAACUGAAUGGAUGAUGGAGCAAAUCAAGAGAGAAAUCUCUGUAAUGCGACUUGUUCGACAUCCAAAUAUCGUCGAGCUCAAAGAAGUCAUGGCGACCAAAACCAAGAUUUACUUUGUAAUGGAAUACGUACGAGGAGGUGAACUUUUCGCCAAAGUAGCGAAAGGGAGACUGAAGGAAGACGUUGCCCGGAAGUACUUCCAACAGUUGAUAAGCGCGGUGGACUUUUGCCAUAGCCGCGGUGUUUAUCACCGUGAUCUCAAGCCGGAAAACCUCCUCGUGGAUGAGAAUGGAGACUUAAAGAUUUCUGAUUUUGGCCUGUCGGCCUUGCCUGAGCAUCUGCGUAACGAUGGCCUUCUACACACGCAGUGUGGAACUCCGGCCUAUAUAGCGCCGGAGGUGAUGAGGAAGAAAGGAUAUGAUGGAGCAAAGGCUGAUAUUUGGUCAUGUGGAGUCAUAUUGUAUGUUCUUCUAGCAGGGUUUCUUCCUUUUCAGGAUGAUAACCUAAUGCAUAUGUAUAGAAAAAUUAUAAAGUCGGAUUACGAGUUUCCUUCAUGGUUUUCGACAGAAUCAAGACGAUUAGUGUCGAAAUUAUUGGUCUCUGAUCCUGAAAGAAGGAUCAAGAUUCCUGCUAUAAUGCGAGUUCCUUGGUUUAGGAAAGGCUUAAAGAGGCCUAAUGCAUUUUCAAUGCAAGAAUCGAUAUUCGAAAAAUUUGAUGAAGAGGAAAAAUUUAUGCACGAAACCAUUAAGAAGUCUCCAUCUUCACCAGCCCUUUUGAAUGCCUUCCAAAUCAUUUCAUCCAUGUCGACGGGAUUUGACUUGUCGGCCAUGUUCGAGGAUAAGAGGAAGGCCGGAUCAAUGUUCACGUCAAGGUGUUCAGCCAAGGUCAUGAUAGCAAAGAUUGAAAUGGCGGCAAAAAGAUUCAAUUUCAAGGUUGCAAGAAGGGACUCGAAAUUAAGGUUAUUAGGAUCAAAUGAGGGUCGGAAAGGGCGGUUGUCAGUGACGGCCGAGGUUUUCAAGGUGGCGCCUGAGGUCACAAUGGUCGAGUUCUCGAAGUCCUCCGGCGACACAUUGGAAUAUAUCAAGUUUUGUGAAGAGGACAUUAGGCCUGCAUUGAAAGACAUCGUUUGGACAUGGCAAGGUGACAAUAUUUUUAAUUGCAAUGUCACAACUAGUGGUGGUGAAGAAUGCACAAAAGAUUUAUGA